AUGUGGCUGUUGGAAGGAUUGUCUCGGGCCCUUCCGUUGGUCAUUCCCACAGGUUUUGGAAGGGCCGUCUCCGGUCCCCUUCUCUUCGUCGAAGGCGGGUUCCGCCUCCAAGCCAAAAGGCCAGAGAGAACUGAAAAAUUUGCUUUAUUAAGAUGUUUAGUAGUGGAAAAGAAAAUCCAUUUGGCAGUUGCCCUAAAGGAUAUAGAGCCUACUUCUAUAAUGGAAAAGGCAACCUCCAAUUUGGAUGUUCUUGCUAGUGGGAAUUAUUUUCAUGGUGGGGAAAAUGCUUCAUCUUCUACUGAAGAAGGCCGGUGGCUUGUCGAGGGUGUUUUGUCUCCAAGCCUUUUGGCUGUUGGAGUUUUGUUCCUCCUGGUGCUUGAACCGGUGGAGGUUGUUGGAGUUUUCUUUUUUUCUGUAGUUUUCUUGUUGCAAGCAGUGAUUUUCAGGUGCUGGCCUGUGAAGAACGGUGGGUGUUGGAGGAUUUCCGGUGGAGUUAUGUUCAACGCCAGAUCUGUCAACCUCGACUGGUUUUUCUUCAACAAGAACUUGCCAAGUGCGGUGGCCGGCUUUUUCUGGUCAGUCUACCGUUUUGGUAGCUGCUUCAAAUCAGGUGUUCCUGGUUUUGUGGGUAGAGAUUCAUUAUCUCUGUUCACUGCGAUGGCCUGCGGGCUCUGCUUUCUCGCCUUUGGGCGAUGUGUUGGAUUUGUUGAAGCUGAUCAAAGGGCCUACAGAUGUGUGGGGACGUAUGAGCUGAUGUUGGCCCAAUCCUCCACCAACUUUACCGAUCAAUCAGCUCUCAUUGCCUUCAAAUCCGAAAUCACUUCUAGCCAAAAAGCAACUGUCUUGACUGGUAACUGGUCCACAACUACAAACUUGUGCAGCUGGAUUGGGGUCUCAUGUAGCCGAUGCAGGCAAAGAGUCACUGCUUUGGACCUUUCCUACAUGGGACUCCAAGGCGCCAUUUCUCCACAUAUUGGUAACCUCUCAUUCCUAGUCUCUCUUGAUCUACGCAACAACAGCUUCAUUGGGUUUUUGCCUCAUGAGAUCAGUCGCCUGCAUCGCUUGAGAAUGCUCAUGUUGUCAUCCAACCAAUUGGAAGGUAGCAUCCCUCCAACUUUGCAUAGUUGCCUGAAGCUUCGGCAGAUAGUUCUCAGUACAAACCAUCUUAUGGGCUCAAUUCCAUCGACCAUUGGCAACAUGUCGUCAUUAGAGGUCUUGAGUUUGCAAUUCAACAGUCUCACGGGUCCAUUUCCUCUUGUAAUCUUUAACAUAACUUCUCUAGCCGUAAUUGCUCUUACAGGGAAUCACAUCUCAGGAACUCUUCCGACGAAUCUCUGCAACCAUUGUCCUAAUCUUCAAGGGCUUUAUCUUUCAGAAAACGAAUUCAACGGUCGGCUCCCUUUACAAAUGAAUUACUGUGGAGAGGUUGUAGUCUCAGACCUGUCAUACAAUAAAUUUGAAGGGAGUAUUCCAGAAAGUUUGGGGAGUUUAGAAAAGCUUGAAGGGCUAUAUCUUGGAGGUAACAGCUUAACCGGUAAUAUACCUCCUACCAUAACUAACUUGUCGAGGUUAUCUAGAUUUGGCAUUGAGGAUAACAACAUUAAAGGAAGCAUUCCGAGAGAUUUAUGGUGGCUUCCAAAUCUGAUAAUUUUUACAUGUGAUUCAAAUUAUCUCACAGGAGCAAUCCCCCAAAACAUUUUCAACAUUUCCUCUCUACAAGAAAUCGCCUUGUCAAAUAAUUCCCUAUAUGGCAAUCUUCCAUCAGAUUCUAGAUUUUCCUGCCAUAGUCUUGAAAAUCUACUUUUGGCUCAAAACAAAUUUAGUGGUCCCAUCCCAUCGUAUCUUUCAAAUUGUUCUAACCUCGUCCUAGUAGAUUUUGCUUCAAACAUACUCUCUGGGCCAAUACCAAAAAGUCUUGGAGACUUAAAAUACCUCCAAAUUCUUAAUUUGAAUUCGAAUAAGCUAACAGGAGAGCCUGGAGAUCAAGAGCUUAAUUUCCUGUCGUCUUUCUCUAAUUGCAGAGUUUUGAAACACUUGGUCAUAUCCUACAAUCCCUUGGAUAUUACUCUUCCGGAUUUUAUUGGAAACUUUUCAAGUACCCUUAACACCAUUCUUUUAUACCAAAGCAAAAUAAAGGGUCACAUUCCUUUGAGUAUAGGUUCCUUAAAAGGCUUGACAUGGCUUGAUCUGGGAAAUAACAAUUUGACUGGAAACAUAGCAUCCACAAUUGGGGGAUUGGAGAGGUUACAAAGAUUGGACCUUAGUGAUAAUAAAAUUGAAGGAUUCAUUCCAGGAGAGAUAUGUAAGCUAAAGAACUUAGGUGAGUUAUAUCUCACAAAUAACAAAAUCUCUGGAUCCAUCCCAAAUUGUAUUUCAAACCUCAAUCUUUUGCAGAAGCUAUACCUGGGUUUUAAUAGGUUGGAAACACCAAUACCAUUAAAUUUAUGGAGCCUUGAAAAUCUAUUGUUUUUGAACCUAUCAUCGAAUUUCCUUGGUGGAUAUUUGUCUCCAAACAUGAAAAAGUUGCAUGCUAUUGAAGUCAUAGAUUUAUCUCAGAACCAAAUUACCGGAAACAUUCCAAGCAUCAUCGGAGCUUUUGAAAGCCUAAAUUAUCUUAAUUUGUCAAAGAACUCAUUUCAAGGAGAAAUCCCACACUCUUUUGGAGACUUGAAAGGAUUGGAUAUCAUAGAUCUCUCUUACAAUGAUCUGUCUGGUGCAAUUCCUAAGUCUCUUGAGGCACUUUCACAGCUCAAAUAUUUGAAUGUGUCUUUUAACAAGCUAUUUGGAGAGAUACCAUCUAGUGGGCCUUUUGCAAACUUCACAGCAAAAUCAUUCUCGGGAAACAAGGCGCUUUGUGGGAAUCAAAUUUUUGGAGUUCUACCUUGUCCAAACUCAGGCUCCAAAGGAUUAAAGGUGAAACAAAGUCUACUCAAAUAUUUUCUUCCUACCAUUGCUUUGGUCGUACUCUGGCCAGCAUUGGUUUAUAUGCUCAAAAGACAUCGAGAAAGUAACUUGCAGGUUCCAAGUUUAUUUAAUACAUUGCCUGUAUUUGAGCAUAGAAUGAUAUCAUAUCAAGAGCUUUGCCAAGGGACAAACUACUUUUGUGAAAGUAACUUGCUUGGAACUGGAGGUUUUGGUUCUGUGUACAAAGGGGUGCUUUUUGAUGGGACAAUUGUUGCUAUUAAAGUUCUAAAUUUACAAUUGUCGAAUGCUUUCAAUAGUUUUGAUGCAGAAUGCAAGGUCUUACGAACAAUCCGACAUAGGAAUCUUGUUAAGGUCAUAAGUACUUGCUCCAACCCCGAGUUUAGAGCUUUAGUACUGCAAUACAUGUCGAAUGGUAGCCUUGAAAGGUGGUUAUACUCUUAUAACUACUGCUUGAAUCUUCUUCAAAGAGUAAACAUUAUGGUUGAUGUUGCAUUAGCAUUGGACUAUCUUCACCACGGUCAAUCAGAAUCUGUGGUGCACUGUGAUUUGAAGCCUACUAAUAUCCUUCUAGAUGAGGACAUGGUUGUACACGUGGGUGACUUUAGCAUUGCAAAGAUUUUGGUUGAAAACAAGGAUGCUACACAAACCAAAACUCUUGGUACACUUGGCUACAUCGCACCAGGCCUUUUGCAUAAUUGCGAGCAUUGGAUAGAGUAUGGUUUUGAAGGAAAAGUGUCCAUCAAAGGCGACGUUUAUAGCUACGGUAUAAUAUUGUUGGAGAUGAUCACAAGGAAGAAACCUACCGACGACAUGUUUUUAGGAGAAUUGACUUUAAAGCGAUGGGUAAACGCAUCACUUCCUGAUAGAAUGAUGGAAAUUGUGGAUGAAGGUUUAUUGAUAGCAGAAAACGAAAGAGACGUAACCGUCAUGCAAAGUGUUUUUUUAUCCAUUAUGGAAUUAGGCUUAAGGUGUUCUGAAGAGUUGCCAGAUGAAAGAGUAGAUAUCAAAGAUGUGCUUGUGAAGCUUCAAAAAAUUAAACUGGCACUUUUUGAAAACUGA